GGUGUCAGCCUUCCACAGAACCUGUACUACUUCUCCUAUCCGCUCUUCGGAGGCUUCGUGCUGCUGUGUCUGGUCGCUUUCCACCUGGGGCUCCUCUUCGUGUGGCUCUGCCAGCGCUUCUCCCGCGCCCUCAUGGCAGCCAAGAGGAGCUCCUGGGCCGCUCCGACGCCGUCUUCGGCCUCGCCUCCGGCGCCGGUGCCAGGCGGUGAGACCGAGAGCGUCCGAGCCUUCCACAAACAGGCCUUCGAGUACAUCUCCAUUGCCCUGCACAUCGACGAGGACGAGACAGGACAAAAGGAGCAAGCUGUGGAAUGGUAUAAGAAAGGUACUGAAGAACUAGAAAAAGGAAUAGCAGUCAUAAUUACAGGACAAGGUGAACAAUGUGAAAGAGCUAGAUGCCUUCAAGCUAAAAUGAUGACUAAUUUGGUUAUGGCUAAGGACCGUUUACAGCUUCUAGAGAAGCUGCAACCAGUUUUGCCAUUUUCCAAGUCACAACUGGAGGUCUAUAAUGACAGUACUAACUGGACAUGCCGCAAUGGGCAUCUUCAGUGAGAAAGCGGAGCCAUUCCAAAAAGAAAAGAUCCCUUAAUACACACUAGUAAUUCACUGCCUCGUUCAAAAACAGUUAUGAAAACUGGAUCCACAGGUCUUUCAGGCCACCACAGAGCACCUAGUUGCAGUGGUUUAUCCAUGGUUUCUAGAGUGAGACAGGGACCUGGUCCUACAAUUACUACUCAUAAGGGUACUCCAAAAAUAAAUAGAACAAACAAACCUUCUACUCCUACAACUGCUGCUCGAAAGAAGAAAGACUUGAAGAAUUUUAGAAAUGUGGACAGCAACCUUGCUAACCUUAUAAUGAAUGAAAUUGUGGACAAUGCAACAGCUGUUAAAUUUGACGAUAUAGCUGGUCAAGAGUUGGCAAAACAAGCAUUACAAGAAAUUGUUAUUCUUGCUUCUCUGAGGCCUGAGUUAUUCACAGGGCUUAGAGCUCCUGCCAGAGGAUUACUACUCUUUGGUCCACCUGGAAAUGGAACGACAAUGCUGGCUAAAGCAGUAGCUGCAGAAUCGAAUGCAACCUUCUUUAAUAUAAGUGCUGCAAGCUUAACUUCAAAAUAUGUGGGAGAAGGAGAGAAAUUGGUGAGAGCUCUUUUUGCUAUGGCUCGAGAACUUCAACCUUCUAUAAUUUUUAUAGAUGAAGUUGAUAGCCUUUUGUGUGAAAGAAGAGAAGGGGAGCAUGAUACUAGUAGACGUCUAAAAACUGAAUUUCUAAUAGAGUUUGAUGGGGUUCAGUCUGCUGGAGAUGACAGAGUACUCGUAAUUGGUGCAACGAAUAGGCCACAAGAACUUGAUGAGGCUGUUCUCAGGCGUUUCAUCAAACGGGUAUAUGUGUCUUUACCAAAUGAGGAGACAAGACUACUUUUACUUAAAAAUCUAUUAUGUAAACAAGGAAGCCCACUGACCCAAAAAGAACUAGGACAACUUGCUAGAAUGAAUGAUGGAUACUCGGGAAGUGAUCUAACAGCUUUGGCAAAAGAUGCAGCACUGGGUCCUAUCCGAGAACUGAAACCAGAACAAGUGAAAAACAUGUCUGCCAGUGAGAUGAGAAAUAUUCGAUUAUCUGACUUCACUGAAUCCUUGAAAAAGAUCAAACGCAGCGUGAGCCCUCAAACCUUAGAAGCAUACAUACAUUGGAACAAGGACUUUGGAGAUACCACCGUUUAAGGAUGAAAGUAUUCUACAGACAGUGAAUGGUAGAAGACGCAAGAAGCUUUGGUGGUUUGUCUUCUGGCGUUUUGUUUGUUUGUUUGUUUU